UUUAUGAAGAAAAAGCUCUAACGUAAAUUUAAACCGAGAAGAUAAAUCACACUGUACGUUUCUUACUUUCUAUGCAAUCUUGCUAAAACACAGCUAUUUUAAAUAGAUUUGCUAGGUUACCUCGUAUUUACGCCUACUCCACUGUUGCAUCGUAUAGAAGAAUUAAUGAAUCUGUUCUUUUAUUUAGACAUUAUUUUAUUCAAUUAUUUUUAUUUAUUUAUUUAGGUUGUGUGAAACAUUGCAAAGUGACGCCAGACUGUUGCAUCUCAGUGUCAACAAGAGAUCAUCCACUGCUGAUAUUAAGUCAUGGGAACACUGGUGUCCAGGUUGAAGGCUAAGCCAACUACGGUGGAACAACUUGAGACCCUAGACAAGGACAUUAAAGAACUGGAAGAAUUUAGAGCCAAAAAUCAACGUCUGCAAAAGCUUUGGGUCGGUCGAUUACUUCUCUACUCAUCAGUCAUUUACCUCCUAACGUUUUUAGUUGUUUACUACAUCUACCUACCUGAACAAUGGCUGCAGAGACUGCUGAUGGCAUUACCCUUCUUCAUAUACCCUGUACUAGUGUGGUUUAUCCGGAAAUUAUUGAUUUUCAUCUUUUCGAAACGCACAGAGAGAAACAAUGAUAUAUUAGAAGAUUUAAGGGCUACCAAAAGAAAGAUUCUAGAGGAAGUCAUGGAAACUGAGACGUAUAAAAAUGCUAAAGUUAUUCUUGAACGCUUUGACCUUGAGGCAAAGAAAAAAGCUGAGCUGGAGUCCACUCCAGUGUGUUCUCAGAUAACUUCCAGAUCAGGCCAAGUCAUCCCAGAAGGGCUAAGACAAAGAGGAGUGGCAAUGAGACCAAUGACAACCCCACCUGGAGCACAGCCCUCACUGCGACCACUGGACACACCAGUAGAACCUGUCCUUCUCUCAGCUCCAGGAGGACCACCAGAAAGAGCUGAUUUGUCUCCCUCAGUCCAAAGGGGAGCAGUUCCUAGAACAUCUUCUCCAAUGCCAGGAUCAGGCAUGCACCCUCCAGGUCCUCCAUUGGCACAACCUAUUCUGCCCCGAGACAGGGGAACUGUGGAUCGAGUAAUUGAGUAUCUGGUAGGGGAUGGACCACAGAACAGAUAUGCAAUGAUCUGCCAACAGUGCUUCUCUCAUAAUGGCAUGGCUUUAAAAGAGGAGUUUGAAUACCUUGCAUUCCGUUGUGCAUAUUGCUACUUCCUCAAUCCUGCUAGAAGGACACGCCCACAAGCUCCGAGGCUUCCAGAAUUCAGCUAUGAGAGAGUACUCCGAGCAGAAUUUCGCUCUACUGCACCGAUCCCAUGUGCACUCUCCUGUGGAGAUGAAAAAGAAAUUACAGACAUGGGUUCUUCCAGAGAAGUAACUAGCAAGAGUGAUUCAGAGCAAGAGGAAAUUCAGAAUCCGGAGGGGAACGGACACGUUCCAGAAGAGGAAGAAAAGCAAAGGAAACAAGAUGAUGCCUGUGAGACAGAGACACCACAGCCAUAGCUGCACAAUAUCAAGCUGAAGCUCGGAUAUCUGUUUAAACAAGUAUGACGACUACCGUAGUGUUGUCCCGGUAGGUUGCCCUUUAUUUGAUUGAAAGGCGUUUUAAUUUUUUUGUCUGGCAUGACUUGAAAUGUUAGACUGGCGGCUACAUACCGUAGAUUCAUAAGGUAAAUUCCAAAGGCUGCUUAUCCAAAAAGUAUUCAGCAAAUGUCGCUGUCGUGUACUGUACAUGCUAGCAACCUAACUUAGUUUUAUCACUUUGUGAUUAUUGUGUGCUAUUAACUGGGCAGCUGGUAUAUGAGUUAUUUUAGAUCAAAACGUCUGUUUUUUAUCUCAGACUGUCACUUUGUUAUUCAAUAGCUGUUUGAAGUUGAGCAGUGAUAUUUUAGGGGAACAUACUUUUACCACUUUUAUGCAAAUUCACUUAGUAACAUGCUUGGGUCUAAAACAGAUCGUUCCUUACAGACCUGUUUAGCAGAUUUGUCCUAAACUCUCAUUUGUGUUAGUCUAGUGAUGGUAAUGAGCCACUGUGUGCCUCCUCCACCCUGAGGAUGGGUUUAUGUAACCAUGGCAACACACUAGUAGAAAGAACAGCUACUUGUAUUGCAGAGAUUUGUGUAGUCUUUUGCGUUCAGGCCUAAGGUAUGGUUUAACACCUCCUUUGAUCCAAUAGAGUCAUGUUAUGGUCAUCGGGUUCGCAUUAUUCCACCAAUCAGACCUGCUAUCGUGUAUGGUUUAGAGCAGGCGUGGGAACUCAAAAAAAAAAA